UCGUGUGGUUCUAUGGAGAAUAAUACGUUUCAAUCGAAAGGUCAUGAAGAUACUAUGGUAUUAAUUUCGAGCCAUUUUGAUAGCCACGGAAGCAGAAGAUGACUCGGUGAAAGGUAUCAAAUCGAUUAAUGUCUCAGCGAAGGAAGGAAGUCGCGAGCAGAAUGAAAUGAAAGUCAAAGUGACUCUGCCAAUGGAAGGAAGAUACAAACAACUUCCUCUUCUAUGGAGCCUGCAGUGAUCAAUACUUCCUUCUGCAGAUUCUUAGAGGGGCGAUUCAGUUGGGCAACCCGCGAGAUCCUGUUGAAGACACGUGGACCCCCGAAACUUGUCCGGAGGGCUAAAAGACCGCACGAGUUGAACCAGGAAUUCGUAACUACCUGAACCACGACACGGAAAUCAAAACCGGAAUGAAUUAGAAACGCGAGGAAGACUGUAUUAACCCUUGGACAAUGAAAACUGGCUCCUUCGAGACCUAUUGUGAAACAGUGAGAAAAUGAAUUUAUAGCAAAAUAUCUUGCAGUCCAUCGAGGAGAGUACAUUUUUCUUAUUACUAUGAAUUAUAUUGUAAAUCUAAUCUAGAAUUAGUUUUAGGAUGGGUCAGGCGUGACCUAGAAGAGAAAAUUGAUUGAUUUCAACGAAUUGAUGGGUAAUUUAUAAAUCACUUUCCCGGCAUUACACAAUUGUAUAAAAUGCUCGAACAGUGGUAGGUAUCAGUGAAAGCAAACAACUGCACAAUCAUCCAACGCUCAUUUGUGUUCACGAUUGAAUACCAGCAUUCGUUAUCUUCUCUGGUGAACCAACUUCGUGUUGACGGAUAUUGUUUUCUUCUUUCACUCCGGUUGCAUCCUCGAAGGGGCACAGGUGCACUCGUUUAAACAAUUUCUCAGAUUUUAUUAAUUCCAGAUAAAGAGGACAAUGACAUUAAUAAUUGAAAGAAACAUCAAUGAACGUAUCAAGCGUUACUUGAUCUUACUUGGAUUGCUUCAAGCAAAUUAACAGAUUACCUUAUAGAAGGAGCUAUUGUAAGCACACGAUCUUCUAGUUCUUCAAGGUGCCGGCUAAUGACGACAGUUCGAAAGCGUACACGUGGGAAAAAAGUGAAGCGAUCGUGGAACAAUGUUAUGAAAAAAUUCACGUUUCGUGUCAGGUUCGCUGGUAGCACCUAAAUGCCCCUUUUACCUUCUGGCCGACGAGUAACGACGCGAAGUUAAGAUCCCCUCCAGAGGAAGAGAGUUCAGGAUGUAGCGUUGGGACCCCCAUAUUGCAUCGCGAAGCUACUCUAUGGUACCCCUCCUCGACGUGUCUUCUAUGCUUAGGGCGACUAGACGCUUAGGCGGAGGAACGUUCGCUAUAAAAGGCCCCGGUAUCACGAGGAAUUCGUCAGAAAAGUGACGAACCGUAACAAAAAAAAAAAAAAAAAAAAGAAGGCAGCAGCAGUUGCCGUUUUUUCUCGUCUGCCGCUGUGUGAACGACACACAUCUCCUUUGUGAAGAUGCGGUCUAGCCUGCUACUUCUAGGUUGCUUCUUUUUAGUCUCCACCCUUGGAGAUCCAAUCAGAACAAAGAAAGAAGCUCCGUUAAGUCCUCCCCCAAGCCAGUAUGGACCACCAUCGGCCUCUUAUGGAGUCCCAAACGUAGGAAGCUCUUACAACGCGCCGUCCGAUUCUUAUGGCGCCCCACUGCCUUCGUCUUCUUACGGUGCACCAUCGGGAUCUUCCUCUCACGGUGGAUCAUUCGGACCUUCUUCGUCUUACGGUGCUCCAUCGGGACCUUCUUCCUCGUACGGUGCACCCUCAGGACCUUCUUCCUCUCACGGUGCGCCAUCAUCGUCCUACGGUGCCCCGUCUUCCUCUUACGGUGCCCCAUCAGGACCAUCUUCUUCCUACGGCGCCCCAUCGUCGUUUGACCAUGGUAGCUCCUUCGGUGGCGACCAAGGAUACAGCAGUGGUGGGUCCUUCGGUGAUCAUCACAGUGGCGGAGGCCACGGAGGUGAUCAAGGCUCCUUUGGAGGAGAUCAUGGAAGUGGUGGAGGAGUAUCUUCCUCUUAUGGACCCCCAUCUCAAUCCUAUGGUCCCCCAGCUCAAUCUUACGGGCCUCCUGCUCAACCACAAGGAAGAUGGGAGAAGAAGCUGACAUGGAAGCCGGAAUGGAAGCAAAUCUGGAAAACAGAGCAGAAGUUGACUUGGAAGCAAGAAUGGAAGAAGGUCCAAGUUCCAGUGUGGAAAGAGAUUCAGGUUCCGGCUUGGAAGGAGGUUAAGGUAUCAGCCUGGAAGAAGGUCCAGAAGCCUGUCUGGAAGGAGAUCCAAGUGCCAGCAUGGAAGGAAGUUCAAGUACCUGCAUGGAAGAAGGUCUGGAAGCCGGUGUGGAAGGAAAUACAGGUGCCAAUAUGGAAGGAAGUCCAGGUGCCAGACUGGAAGAAAAUCUGGGUACCUGAAUGGAUCAAGGUCGGUAUUCCUGGUGAACAAUACGUUGGCAAGGAUCAGCAUGGCUGGCAAUACACGAGCCACGAUCUCUGGAAGAAGAAAUUGAUCUGGAAACCAGUAUGGAAGAAGAUCUGGAGAACGGAGAAGAAGCAGGCUUGGGCCAGUGACAAGAAGUUGGAAUGGAAGGCUGAAUGGAAACAGAUCUGGAAAACUGAGAAGAAGCAGGUUUGGGUUUCCGACAAGAAGUUAGUCUGGAAGGAGGAGUCGGUUCAAGUUUGGGUACCAGAGAAAAAGCAAAUUUGGGUCACGCAGAAGAAGCAGGUAUGGAAAGACGAAUGGAAGAGCAAAUGGGUGCCGGUUUGGAAGGACGUACAGGUACCUGCGUGGAAGAAGAUAUGGAAGCCCGUUUGGGAGAAAGUUUGGGUGCCAGCAGAACCCCACCAUGACGAACACCACCACGGCUACAAGUAAAUUCUUGUCGUGAGAUCGUUUUCGAUCUUUCCUCAUCUUGACGAUAAACCGUCAUCGUUGUUAAGUUUCCGCUAGUGUAGUCGUGACUCGGAUCAAAGGUCCGAGUCGAAAGUCGGCUUCAAAACCGCGGUGCGUUUAUCGGGCCGUCGCGUCGCGUCGUCAGCCGGGACUACAUGUUCGAAUUUUUCAAAUCCAUGGAAAAUAAUGUCGAACAACGUGAAUAAGUUCGAACCAUGGAGUCGUGUACUGUAUGGAUGAAAUGAAAUGAUUACUUAGCCAGUAGAAAUACUAAUUAUUCGUCUACAGACUGUAGACGAUUUCGUUCAUGAUACGUAUGUAAUUAUUUUUUUUACUUGUAAAUAACAAUUGUUUAGACACUUAUAUAUACAUAC